UAUCCGUGAUCAGAUAAUCAUAUUAUACAUUCAUCAACCAUUAAUGGAUAAAGAUUGGUCAACUUUUCCCAACUUCCCAAAAAUAAGGAAAUAUAAUAUUAUACCCUCUUCCAACUUUACACUCCAUUUAUCGUUACAUUCUCAACGGUCCAACGCUCCUUUUCUCAUUUCAUAAUCAUCAUCAUCUUCUUCUUCUACACAUCGAAUUGAUCGAAACAGGGGAAUUACAGAGAUAGAAUAAAAAGAAUGUCGAAAUCAGAAGAUAUAUUCAUUGGUUCAAUCGAUCAAGGAACAACAAGCACUCGAUUUAUCAUCUAUGAUGGAUCUGCAAAAACAAUUGGAUCUCAUCAAAUUGAAUUCACCCAGUUUUACCCUGUUGCAGGGUGGGUGGAGCAUGAUCCAAUGGAGAUAUUGGAAAGCGUGAGAAUUUGUAUUACAAAAGCGUUGGAUAAGGCAACAGCUGAAGGACAUAAUGUUGAUAGUGGGUUGAAAGCUAUUGGGAUCACCAAUCAGAGGGAGACAACUGUCAUUUGGAGUAAAUCAACUGGGCUUCCUCUUUAUAAUGCUAUUGUUUGGAUGGAUGUUCGUACUAGUUCCAUUUGCAGGAGACUGGAGAAGGAUUUAUCAGGUGGGCGUAAUCAUUUUGAGCCAUCUUGUGGUUUGCCUAUUAGCACUUAUUUCAGUGCAACAAAGCUGUUGUGGUUGCUGGAGAAUGUAGAACCGGUUAGAGAUGCCGUCAAAAGUGGGGAUGCUCUUUUUGGAACAGUUGACACUUGGUUGAUUUGGAAUUUAACCGGAGGGCCGAAAAAUGGAGUACAUGUAACUGAUGUAUCAAAUGCAUCACGAACUAUGCUAAUGAAUCUGAAGACUCUGAAUUGGGAUGAGGAAACAUUGAAGGCCCUUGAAAUCCCUCCUAAACUUUUGCCUAAAAUCGUAAGUAAUUCUGAGGUAAUCGGAAAUAUAGGGACUGGCUGGCCUAUCCCAGGUGUCCCUAUUGCUGGAUGUUUAGGUGACCAGCAUGCAGCAAUGCUAGGGCAGGCUUGUGGAAGAGGGGAAGCAAAAAGCACUUACGGAACAGGUGCUUUUAUACUCCUCAACACCGGUGCAGAGAUAGUGCAUUCGAAGCAUGGACUAUUAACCACAAUGGCAUAUAAACUCGGGCCUUCAGCACCAACAAACUAUGCGCUAGAGGGCUCUAUAGCAAUCGCAGGAGCAGCUGUUCAGUGGCUUAGAGACGGUCUUGGUAUAAUAAAAAGUUCUGGUGAGAUUGAAGAGUUGGCUUCAAAAGUUGAUUCAACGGGUGGUGUAUAUUUUGUUCCAGCAUUUAAUGGACUGUUUGCUCCAUGGUGGCGUGAUGAUGCACGUGGUGUUUGUGUUGGAAUGACAAGGUUUACUAACAAGUCACACAUUUGCCGGGCUGUGCUUGAAAGUAUGUGUUUUCAGGUCAAGGAUGUUUUGGAUUCUAUGCAUAAGGAUGCAGGGGAAAAAGGUGAGGUCAAGAAUGAAAAGGGUGAAUUCUUGCUAAGAGUGGAUGGAGGUGCUACUGUAAACAACCUUUUGAUGCAAAUUCAGGCUGAUUUACUGGGCAGUCCAGUGCUAAGACCUGAAAAUAUAGAGACGACAGCUCUUGGAGCAGCCUAUGCAGCAGGAUUAGCUGUUGGUGUUUGGAAACAAGAUCAGAUAUUUUCAACAGAAGAAAGAGCUAAGACAGCUCGUAUCUUCCGUCCUACAUUGGAGGAGGAAUCAAGGAAGAAGAAGGUGGGUUCCUGGUGCAAAGCUGUGGAAAGAAGUUUUGACUUGGCUGAUCUUUCUCUGUGACCUUCGGUUCGAGUUUCCUCUGUUCUUCUCACUAUACUGAUUAUUUCUGGUGGUGGUUAUGUUCUAAAAUAACACAGGCAUCAGUUAAUUUCACAUGUAGAUUUUAUAUACUUAUAUUCCUUAAUCACAGUAAAACUGAUCUUUAUAACAUUCUCUUUCAUAUCUACAGAAUGCUUUAACUGGA